AUGGGGAAACCUUACUUAAGUGAUGUAGAGCGCAAGGCUGUCAUCGAUGAGCUUCUUCGGAUCAGCGAAAACGGCAAAUUGCCUCGUGGAGCAUACGCAAAGGUGGCCUCGGGUGUGGAGCGUGAUCCGACCACUAUCAGCACUAUCUGGAAGCGCUACGUUGCUGCGGUCGAGGCAGGAGUCGUAGGGGAUGAGUGGAAGAGCAGGAGGAAGCGACACUGCGGCAGGAAGCGCAAGAAUCGCGAUGAAUUGCGUGAAAAACUUGCCCGUGUUCCCAUGGAGGAUAGAGCUGUUGAAAGACGUGCUGCCGCUGCUGCUGGCGUCUCCAGGAAUUUGGUGCGACAGGCGGUAAGGAAGGGAAUGCUCAAGCGUCGUACGACUUUCAUUAAGCCGGCGUUGACUCCAGAAAACAAGCUCCGACGCGUUGAGCAUGCUCUGUCGUUUAUCGACGACAGGACACUGGAAUUUGAGUCUAUGCACAAUGUUGUACACGUUGAUGAGAAAUGGUUCUAUUCCGACCGUGGCAAGCGUUCUUACCUGGUGCUAGAGGGCGAGAAGCCGCCUCCUAGGUUCUGGAAGAGCAAGCGGUUCAUCCCGAAGACGAUGUUCCUGGCUGCCUUGGCGCGGCCUCGGUACGACCCUCAUCGAAAGCAGCAAUGGGAUGGCAAGCUUGGCAUUUGGUCCUUUACAGAGAAGUACGAAGCUCAACGUUCUAGCAAGAACAGUGCUAAAGGAGCCGUUUGCACCCGAAACAUUGACACAGUCGAUCGUGAGGUGUACAGGGAGUACUUGGUUACUAAAGUAUUUCCAGCUAUUAAGGCGCAGUGGCCACGAAAGGAUCACCACAUGCUAAUUCUUGUUCAACAGGAUAAUGCGAAGCUUCACGUGGAGCCAUGGGACCCGGACGUCGUCAAAGCUGGUCAAGAGGGAGGCUGGAGCAUCCGAAUGCUAUGCCAAGCACCCAAUUCGCCCGAUCUCAACACCUCGAUCUGGGCGUUUUCAACGCCAUGCAGACCCUCCAGUACUACAUCCCCAGGAAAGGAAUUGAUGCCCUCAUCGAGUCCGUGA